AAGUACAAGUUUGUUGUACUGUAUACACGCAUGUCAAACACACACAUAUAUAAUAUGUAUAUAUUGUAAUAAACGACCGUUCGUCGUUUUAGUCGGAUCCGCCGUCUCGACCGUAAAACUACGCCAUGUCACUCGUCCCGUUGUUUCUGACCAAUAAAAUUAAAAUACAACCGCUCGAACACCAAGUGUACGAUUUUCAAUUACGCGAUCAUUUCCUGUCGACCGAAGACGUGUUUUUUCGGAAAUGUCUUUGUGGCAAACACGCGCACCGCAAGGUACCGUGUUUCGUGAGCAACGACCGUGAAUGCAAAAAAUGCGGUACGGCUUUCGAACUGUUGAUACGACACCAAUCGCUGUUGUUUCAUCGAAAAACUCUGGAAACGUGUCGCGUUUUCCGGUGUUGCGUGCACAAACACGAUCCCCCGUGUUCGGAGUGCAUAAAUUGUAAAACCGGGAGUCCGUGCGUGGUAAAAGAUCCGUAUUAUUGCGAUCUGACCACGGACGUGACGUGCGUCGGUCCGAAAUUCGCCGACGGACGAUUGCACAGCACGACGUUGUUCGAACACGACUUGUUCAACCAUUUGUUUGAUUUGCGCGUGGCGCUGUUUUAUUUUUGUAAACGACACGCGCACCGACACGAACACGACAACACCGUACCGUGCACGGUCCAAACGUUUCGGUGUUGCGACGAAGCCGUGUACGUUACGGAUUUCAAACAAUCGUUUUUGCUCGUGGUCGACAAUAAAAAAUACGUCGUUUACGACCCGUCUCUGUGGCGGGAACAGUCGACGAAUCAUUUUGCGUCGUUGGUGCGCGCGGCGGUUCUCUUGCCCAACGCCGUGCCGGAACGUUACAAACGGUUCGAAACGUCGAAUUUCAAAGUGUCUAGUAUAAAAAAAUACAAAAGCGGAAAACAAUCGGUGGUGCGGACGGCCGUGACGGGAUUCGAAGUCAAAGCCAUCUAUCAGACGGCCACCAUAUCGUGCGACUUGCCGUCGGACGCAGUGAUGAUACCGCAACGCAUAUGGGACAUGAUGAAAAACGAAUACGAUUUGAAUCUCGUGUGCAUCAAACGAGAUCCCUGUAUUAAAUCCACGUGCAUGUUCGUUUGCAAAGCGAUACGCAACCCCGAUCCCGGUGUAGACGUUAUAGUCAUCAACGACGCCGUGGCCAAACCCAUGAAUCAAGACGUGGACGGCGAUAAAAACGCGGUAUACGCAUUGCCCAAGCACACGCGCCAGUUUUACGAUCGGUACGAGACGUUUUUGCAUAAACUGUCGAAAUACGAAAUGUCCGUGGCGUACGCACGCAACAAGACUCUGAUCGGUUUGCCGAGGUUUUCGUUCAGCGAAAACGCGCGGUUACUGAUUUACCGCAACGCUCAAUGGUUGCGGGAAAACAACGAAUUUUUCAACAGAACGCACGGUCAUGGUUUAGAAUAUAUGAUCGAAGCGGGUUGCGGCUACCUGAAAUCGGAAUACGACGAGUUUUGUAUGGUUUUGCGAAAUCUGAACGAAACGCGAAACACGUAUUGCAUAACCGUCGACGACCUGUUGCAGACCACGGACACCGUUUCGAGUGUCGUGCAAUCCGGGGCCAAGGGUCACGAGGAGACCAUGAAAAUGUUUUUCGACCGACUGUACGAUAACUCGACGAGUCUUUCGGAAAACCAACAACGAUCGGCUAUCGAACAAAUGAACCGGUACAUAGUUUCGGGACAACGUUUGCGGCAGACCGGUCGUACGCAGUUUAUAUUGAUUUAUUGCGAAAGCGAAUUGAAGAGUUCGUUCGGUACCGUUUUCUUAAACAGUACGCCCUACGUCGAUUUCAAACCGUUGUUUUCUAAUUUUGCUUUUAUGUUUAACGAAGCGUCUCUGAACGAAUGCAUUAAAGAUUUAAAAAAUUGUGCACGGUGAUUGAUUGUGAACGACGGAGACGACAAAAAAAAUAAAUCAUCGUUUGCAUUUUUUAUUGUAUGUUGACACGACACUUGA